CAUGGCGGACACGCUCUGCACCGCGACCAGCCCGACGGCACCGCUGGAGCAGAAUGGGAGCGCGAGCGGCCCCCCGGAGGACUCGGAGUCGGCGGGCGCGGAGCUGGGCCGGGCCCGGCGGAAGAAGAAGCGGGGCGCCGGGGAGCGCCUCGUGCCGCCCCCCAAGAAGCGGCGGGCCGGCGUGAGCUUCGGCGACGGCCACUUCGCCGAGACCAGCUACUACUGGGAGGGCGGCCUGCGCAAGGUGCGGCCCUACUUCUUCGACUUCCAGACCUACUGCAAGGGCCGCUGGGUGGGCCGCAGCCUGCGCCACGUCUUCGGCGCCGAGUUCCGCGCCCAGCCGCUCGCCUACUACGAGGCCGCGCUCCGGGCCGGCCGCCUGCGCCUCAACGGGGAGCCCGUCCGGGACCUCGGCGUCGUGCUCAAGGACAACGACUUCCUGCAGAACACCGUGCACAGACACGAGCCUCCUGUCACAGCAGAGCCCAUUCGCCUGCUAGCUGAGAACGAAGACGUGGUGGUUGUGGACAAGCCUUCGUCCAUUCCUGUCCACCCCUGCGGUCGCUUCAGACAUAACACAGUCAUCUUCAUCCUGGGUAAGGAGCACCAACUCAAGGAGCUACACCCCCUGCAUCGACUAGACCGCCUCACCUCUGGAGUCCUCAUGUUUGCCAAGACAGCCGCUGUGUCUGAGAGAAUUCACGAGCAGGUUCGGGACCGGCAGCUGGAGAAGGAGUAUGUGUGUCGCGUGGAGGGAGAGUUCCCCUCUGAGGAAGUGACCUGCAAGGAGCCUAUUUUGGUGGUGUCUUACAAGGUAGGAGUGUGCCGUGUGGAUUCACGGGGCAAGCCCUGCGAGACAGUGUUCCAGAGACUGAGCUACAACGGCCGCUCCAGUGUGGUGCGGUGCCUGCCUCUUACAGGCCGCACCCACCAGAUCCGAGUUCACCUUCAGUUCCUGGGCCAUCCGAUCCUCAAUGACCCCAUCUACAACUCAGCUGCGUGGGGCCCUUCCAGAGGCCGGAAUGGCCACAUUCCCAAAACAGAUGAGGAACUGCUGCAGGACCUGGUGGCCGAACAUCAAGCAAAACAGAGUUUGGAUGUGCUAGAUCUCUGUGAAAGUGACCUGUCCUCAGGACUCACAGACUCUGCAGUUUCUUCCUCAGAGCUGAACAAGGACCAUCCCAACACUUUGAUUGAGGGAGCACAGGAGGCAGCCCCUCGGGAUCUGGAUACUGUGGCUUUGACACCAGGGAAGGGGGCUGAAAUGAGUGUUAGCAAGCAAGAAAUAGAUCCACUCUGUGCAGAGUGCCGGCUGGUACGACAGGACCCUUUGCCACAGGACCUUGUGAUGUUCCUACAUGCCCUAAGCUAUAAGGGACCAGACUUUGAGUACUUUUCUCCCAUGCCUGCCUGGGCACAGGAUGAUUGGCAAGAGGGCUGAAUGCUUGGCCAAUGGAGAUAUUGCUUUCUGGGAGGGAUCAGAAAUGUUUUAUGGAUAGGAGCUGACCAAAUGGUGGAUACUCAGGUUUUACAACAAUUAAUAGGGGUUGAACUCCAAACAGACCUCAUAUUUGACAGCUUGCUUCCAACUAGAUUAUAGGGGCUCUGUUUU